AUGGAUAAUAUAUAUAAAUUUAGAGCCAGUACCUCAGUCUAACAUUUAUAACAUUUGAAUAAUGAUAAAUAAUUUUAUUCAGAGGAUGAAUAGACAGAUACUAAAUAGAAGGAAGAGUUCUGUUUAAAAUAGAUCAGUAAACCACCUAGUAAGAUGUCACAUUUCAGUUAAAACCUUACAGGGUAUUAAACUGAUGAUUCAGAUAAAGAUUCUCCAAAGAAUGCUAAAAAAGGACCAACAAGUAAAAUAAAUUUUUAUUAUAGGUUAAAAACUGUCAAAAUUUAGGAAUUUAGUGAAUGGAAUAGAAGGUGAUAUAGAAGGUGCUGAAGAAGAAAGAGAUGAAGAUAUUUAGACUUAGAAAACUUAAACUCAGAAUGAAGAUCCUUAUAAUAUAAAAAACUAAGCAAAUAAAAUUGAAUAGUAGAUGAAAAAGGAGUACAAUAAUCAAUAGAUUUAAUAAGUGUAAGAUUAAGAAUUGAUUAAAUAAUAGUAAAUUAUAGAGGGAUGUAAAUUCAGAUAUAGAAUUAUCUAAAGCUAAAUAAAUUAUUUAAUGUAAAAUGUAGAAUCAUCCUUUUCGACAUCUUAUCUAUGGACCAUUAAUAGGCGAAACUGCAUUUAACAAAUUCUUAUAACUCACUCAAAGAGGAUUGAUUUAUGCAACUAGAUGUCUUAAGGGACCUAGUAAUAAUUUUAUAAAGAAUAAAAUGUAAGUUUUACCAGAAGCUCGAAUACCUAAAGCAAAACAUUACUCUUAGAUUUGGAUGAAACAUUGAUUCAUAGUUGUUCAGCAAGGGAAAAAUAUUAAACUUGCAUAUUGGCAGUAAGCGAAUAGGGAGAAGAAGCAAGAGUAAUUCAAUAUUGUUAUUCUUUAGAUUUAUUUAAAUGUUCGUCCUUUUUGUUAAUGGUUCUUAUAAUAAAUGAGUCUACUCUACACUAUCUAUGUAUAUACUGCUUCAUCAAGUGCAUAUGCUAAUACUGUAGUCAAAUACUUAGAUCCUAAAGGACUAUGGAUUUCUGGAAUUUUAUCAAGGUAGAACUGUUUAGAAACUAAAAAUGGAUUUUAUAUUAAGGAUCUUAGAAUAAUUGCAAAUAAACAAAUUAAGAAUAUGCUCAUUGUUGAUAAUCUUGCUCAUUCUUUUGGAUUUCAAAUCGACAAUGGUAUUCCUAUUUUAGAAUGGCAUAAUGAUAAAAAUGAUUAAGAACUUAAAUAUUUGGCAACAUAUUUAAUGGAAGCAGCUGAUUAAGAAGAUCUUCGAAUAUUCAAUAAAAACAAACUUAGACUACUUGAUUUAAUUGAAUAUUAAUUCAAUUGA